GGGCCCUGUUGCAGUGCUUAAGCUGGAAGAAUAUUAUCUUAUUUUCUGCGCGGGAACCCUGCAGCCUUCAGCACUCAAUAUUUAGUUCAAAAAUUUAAGGGUCUGAAGAAUUCGUUCAAAGUCGUUGACCCAACCCCACACCGCAAGCUCUGUCAUUGACAUAGGCUGCAUUCAGCACACCAACCAAAUUUCAUUAUCAGCCUUUCUUUCUCUCCUCUAUCAUCCAUCCAUUUGUCUGGCUAACUGUUGUUCUCACUCUUUGAGCUCCAACUCCAUCCAACUGCUCACCCUUCUCACCCCCACCCCAUCUUCAGAGUAUAUAUGCCACCUUUUCCUUGCUACAAUCAGUUCUGAAGGAGAGUCAUUGAAUUCAAAAUGUUAACUCUACUUUCUCACCACAGAUGCUGCCAUACCUGCUGAGUUCCUUGAGAAAUUUGUGUUUGUGUUGCAGCACUGGUCACCACGUGAGAGAGGGCACGGAGUAACAAGAAAAAAAACUACAGAUGCUGGAAAUCUGAAAUGAAAAUAGAAAGUGGUGCAGUAACUCAGCAGGUCUGGUAACAUUUAUAAAGAGAGGGAAAAAAAACCUUUCCCUUACUUCGCUAACUCACAUUUAUAAUUGCAGGCACAGAUGCAGCCGGGUGCAAACAAGAUUCACCAGGAUGCUGCUUGGGCUGAAGUGAUUCAGCUAUGAAGGACAGCUGGAUGGACUGGGAGAAAGACAGAAAACAUAAGAGAAAUUCUGCAGCUACAGGCCUCAGGUUUCUUCCAGCACAAGGUGAUAGUGAAGAAGCGAUGUCUUCAGGUGAUUCUCUCUUGGGGAUCAGCGAGCUGGAGCUUGGGGAAAUCCCCAAGCGGUUUCGUGCGGGAUUCUCCUCGAGCCAGAGACCACGUCUCUCAGUCCCGCGUCUGUGGUCGACAUUUGUGGGGCUGCAGAGCAAGCGAGCGGGCUCAGGUGCCGAUCACCUCCCCUCGCGGAGGCUGGGAUUCCCAAUAAAGCGGCGCCCGGCCGGUGGCUCCUGGAGGAAUCGCGGGCUGGAGGCCGCGCAGGAGGGGUCGGGGUGGCGAGUCCCAUUUCCGGCUUUGCCGGCGUGGGGGGAGCGAGUGCCAUCACCGGCUCUGACGGGGUCCGAUCGCAAGAGAGCGGGCAGCUUUCAAAUCCGCAAGAUGAGAGGCUACGGCGUGUGGGGCAUGGUACCGGCGGAUACCCGUUUUCGGGCGGGACAGCAGAAACGGCGCCCUCCAUCGAAGAAGAACACCCCCCGCCUUCGGCCGAGUGUGGACGACGCCUCAAAAAGGCGGGAAGAGGCACUGGCACGCGACUGGCUUGGCAGCUCGAACCCAACGGAUAAACCGUCAACAGCAGCUGCGCUCUCUCGGAACAAUAAUAACAACAACAACAACGAUGAUGGGGAAAGCAGGCAGAGAAGUGCCGAGGAGGCUUGGAGGAGAUUGAUUGAUAAAGGGAGGGGAGUCACUGAGGAGAUUGUCCUUCCGCUGUCCGAGCGAGAAGCCACCGGAUCAAGCUGCAGAGCUGUACCUUUUACCCAGAGCAUUUCACAUCUAAACUGCAAGACCUUUAACAUCCAAAACCAACUGUGCUUUGGCCAUUGCAGUUCAUUCUUCAUCCCUGGGGCAGAGCAAAGGUUAUACCGGUCGUGCUCCAGAUGUUUCCCGAGCCAGCUAAAGAAGAUUGUGGUCUCGCUGGAGUGUGAAGGGGUCCUGGUGGUGAGCAGAAACAUCACCCUAGUAGAAGAAUGUAAGUGCGACCUCGAAACAGAGCAACUUCUGAAGAACUGACUGCUUGUCUCCUUACCUAAUCCGUUCAUGUAGCUGGCUGAUGGAGAGGAAAUAAUGCAAAUGGGAAUAUUUUCAGGAAUUCCUUUUUCAUCAGUGACUGUUUUUCACAAGCAUGUCCAGUCAUCCUGCCCCCAUUUCUGUCUCUUCAAUGUUUGGAGGAGAUGGUGUUGGUGGAGGGGGUGCAGGGAGGAGGUGGGAUGCAGGGGUGGGUUGUAG